AUGGCUUCCUCGUUGUGUGUCCUUCUCUCGCUGGUGCUGGCGGUGACCACCGCAGUCCCAGUUCCCUCAGACGACGGCGAGACUACCACGGCCGCUUCUGACGUGGCCCUGCUGGAGGUGAUCGAAGUCAUCGACACCGUGCCUGUACUGGUGCCGCUGGUUGUAGCCGCAGAUACCACUACAGAAGUUGACACGCAAGCGCCCGAGCAUAAGGUGGCGAAGAGGUCCCUGCGCGGCGAUAACCCGAGCAAUGAUCUGCUGACGGAUAUUGAAGCCCAGCAAUACGAGCAAGGAUUGUCUAAUUUAGCUGGCCGCAGGAUAAACCCACAGAAUCAUUCCCUUAUUUUGGUAAAUGAUGUGGCAGAUUUUAUUUGCGACGGAAAAAUAGUUAUACUGAAAGAAAACCCUAAUAUAGUCUUUACUAUAAAAUAUCUAAAUACAAAUGUGCUUGAUAGUCCAGUACUGGAUUCUGUGCUAACAUCACAUUGGUCAUCAUUGUUUAUUAUAGUUACCACUGAAGAUAGCGUGUAUAAUUGUGUAGACGGAAAAUUAAAUGAAGAGGCUUUCAAUAAAAUUGAAGAAUUUCUAAAUGAUUUAUGGUACAAACAUCGCAUAAUGUAUGCUUUCUUAAGUCUGCCGUAUGUCUGCCCGAACGAAUAUGUUGUUUAUGAUGGCAUAAAGUCAAACGAAGGGGAAUUGUAUAACAGAACCAUUAAACUUGUUCGAGAAGAACAAUUACCAGAAAUAAAGUCCAGUAAAGCAUCUAGGAGGCUUACUCGACACUAUCCCCUUAGAGGCAAUAUCUUUUACCGGUUCCCCACGGCUAUUCAGGAAUGUGAAGGUACCGACAUCUACAUAAAAACCAGUCAGGAAACCAGUGGCGGGUUUUGUGGAUUGGACGGACUCGUAAUGUCUGAUAUAGUGACACACUUUGAAUUUAAUUUAUCUUUGCCAUCCUUGGGCGCAGACUCCCACAAGUAUGGGUAUCAGCAGCAGAAUGGAAUUAUAACAGGAAGCUUAGGACAUGUAGUGAGAAAAGAUGUGGACUUGUCCUUCAACUCAAGGUUCAUGACGAAAUAUACCACGGGGCAACAGCGCUACAUAUUCGUAUAUCCCGUUGCAAGUGACGCUCUUUGCGUUAUUUUGAAACAACCUGAAGAGGAACCUCUCUGGCGGUAUCCUAUCAACGCUUAUAGUUUUCCGCAGUGGCUAUUUAUUCUCGGCUGCCUCACUAGCAUUGGAGUCAUAAUGUGGGCAUUUGCAAAGAUCAAAAAUAAAAUAAAUAAUACUAGAGCUGCUACGCUCCUCUCUUACACCUUGAACUCUAUAAAUGCUGGUCUAUUCGGCUUCUUUUUUAAGCGAAGAAGCAACUUACUUCUAUUUAGAGCUAGCUGCUUGUAUGCUUCAAUUAUGCUGCUUGCGGAAUAUCAGAGUUACAUAAACUACAUAUUCACAACCCGAGUCCGAUACGACGUGUUAUACAGCUUGUCUCAUCUCGCGGAGUCGGACACUGUAAUUCAAAUAUCACCAUCCAUUUACACCUUAAUAAAUGAGUCUGUCAACGAAGUUGGAGACGUCCUUCUAUCUCGGGUAAUACAAAUGGAAGACUCGGAUUCAUUCGAAUACGUUGCGCAUCACUCGAACACUGCGACUUUGGAAAGGAAAACUGAUGCGAUUAUGAUUAUCCUAAUGAAAUACGAAGACGGAUCCGGCAGGCCUACAUUAUAUGUAAUGAAUGAGUGUGUUCGCUCCUUCUACUUAUCGUAUAUUGCAAAUUUGGAAUUGCCAUUCGUGGACGUAAUUGACAUGUACAUGAUGCGUCUAUUCGAGACGGGCUUGACGGGCAUGUACUACACCUGGACGAGCCGCGCCUUAGGGCUCCAGGUGUCGCUGCCCAACCUGUACUCGGAGCCGCGGCCCGCGUCCAAGAUAGGCCUGAAGGAGCAGGUCAUCGCCUUUACUGUGCUAUUGGUGGGAUAUAUUGCGUCUGUGAUCGCGUUCGUUGUCGAAAUUUGGUUUGAUAGGCGGCAGAAAUAUCCUUUUAUACAUUAA